AUGACGCGAGACGCAACUCGGCCGCUUGAUGCUGGGCCCGCCCCCAAUCACGUCCAUCACGAUGUCGAAACAGAUCUCCUGGCUGGGCUCUGGGAGACCGCUCCUUUUGCUCGUCUGCCCUGGGAUGCGCCGCCCGAGCUGAAGGAGUUGGUCGAAGACAUACAAAACCCGCGAAGGGUCUAUGCCAUACACCAGGCCAGUCGCCGACAUGGCUUCCAGCAGCUGGUGGAGAAGUUCAUCGUCCAACUGCGAGACGGCUGUGGCUCCAACUAUUGCAGCACCCCGACUUGCUUCUCCUUUCGGAAACGGAGCGUAGGACGCAUACCGAUACGGCGGUACAAUGUCACGAGCGCAAGGGUCCUGGCUGUCUACAUGGCUAGCCAGGACAACUCGGAGAAUGCCCUGUGCCCAGCUCUCAGGAGCCCCAAGAUGCCGCCCGCUGCCCUCGACACCCUCGUCUUCUACCGCAAACCCAGCCUUCAGCACAGCGAGGAGAGGCCACGGCCGCCCGGGAAGGGCCGCACUACAACCGAGAAGGACGGUUCAUCCAAGAGCCGGCAAGUUCGCGUAAAAGCCAAGGUUCAGGUACAUUCGACUUCUAGAGAUUUGAACACUGGGAAGGACAAGAAUACACCCUCGUCGCCCCAAGAGACACCAAGCGCUUAUGAAGGUGCCAAAUUCGAGGUCACCGAGAGGCACACGGGCAAGGACUACCGGUCAUUUGCAGCAAACAUGUUCGGUACUGUGGCUUUCAAAAUGCUGGAGUGGUUGACCCCCAACGCGCUCGACGACAUGCAUGAAACAGCCUGUGACUUGGAGAAGGACCACCGUGAGGAGGACUUUAGGACCACGAAACCUCGUCGGAGGAAGUCCUCUCCUCGACCAGAUUCUCGUCAGGAUUCGUCACCCACGUCACCUAGAGAGCAUGAGGCCAAUGACUUCUCCAUUGCCGAGGAGACAGCCGCCGAAGCCAGAUCGCUGAAUGGCAAGGCUGAAGCUGCACAACGCGAGAAAGAGAACGACCCACUUGUGACCGGGAACGGAUCGAUGUCUACUCGAAGGCCUGGAAGUGUGCGCCGCAAUUCGAAUGCCAGGGUACGCACCAACUCAGCCACCAAGCCGAAACGAAAACUUUCACUAGACACAUACCCUCCUGAGCUGGUCUCCGAUGAGAUGGUUAAUGGCCUCAAGUCGCCACGCCUACCAGGGUUCCAAGCGGAGAAGAACAGCAGGUCUGUCAAGAACGCGACCUCUAAUUUGUCCCGGCCCCCGCCUCAAGCAGUCUCAGCAGAUUACUUGGCGAGGACUCGCAUAGAGGAGUCCUCGCCUGCGCCCUCGGAGGAUAGGAGCAAGCCUAACACAAUGCGAACCAACGAGGGCCUGGGGCAACGAGGGGCGGCUGUCCCAGAAUCGGACCAUCAAAGCACCCCCUCCGAGACCUCAGCCAGCGACUGCUCCAUGGCCGCCCCUGAUGGCGAUGCAGAGCUUACGUACGACUCGUUCCUCCCGCAGGCUAUUUCGCGUUUGAACGUCGACGUAGUUGACUUCGUCUGCGAUGUGCUGCAAGAUGACGGCACUCGCGAGCAACAUCUGUUAGAGCCAGCAGAAGUGUCUAAAUCACUCGCAGCCACAACAGCGAAGCGAGAGGGAAAAUUGAAAAGAAGACACAGAUCCAGGAGAUCUUAUCCCAUGGAUCUCAAGAAGGAGUGGAAGCUGUUCAUCGAGCAGAGCCUCUUCUACACGCUCAGCGACCCUCACGCUCUCAUUCACUCAUUCACACACAAAGGCGAGCUCAUCGACUCCCAGGCGCUCUGGUAUUGCAUGCUGCGGAUGACGAGAGUUGCGCCUACACUCGUCUACCACUGCCUCUGGUUAUCGGCGGCACACCUCUUUGCACCUCCAAAGUCCGUCCAAUCCCUGCGGUCACCCACUGCCAGGCUCUUCCCGAAGCAGGAAAUGUCCUUGUCGAAUGCCGAGGCAGGAAGACUGAUGUCCAUAUGUCUCCAUGCCUUGAUUGCCGCUGCGCCGGUGGUGUUUGAGAAAAGUCAACUCACGGAAAUGUCGCGGUUACGAUCACAAGGGCUCAGUCUGGCAGCGAGCGGUAGCCAACCUGCGGAACUCUGCUUGCAAUACGAUGACGCCUUUUCUCACGAACUAGCAAUGAGACUGGCAAGGAGGCUCUUGUCGGCCAUCACAGCGCGCAGGUACUUUAAUGACAUGCUGAGCCAAGAAACUGCUUUUGGUGACGCCAGCGAGGAGGAGCCCGAUGUUCUGGCACCUCUCUUCACGCAACUCGACGCCCUCAGCGUGAGCAAUGAGGAAGGUCUCCACGAGACCCGCAUGUCCACCCUGCUACUUGACUGGGCUCGUGCGGUCAUGUUCUAUGAAUGGGAUGGGAGCCCAGAAGUUCCAGGAGAUGGCCCGUUUGGUGGUGCUCUUGCAUUGACAGACGCCAUACACAAGAAAAGCCAGGCGCUCCGGAUCACCCACAAGCAGCUUCUUGCUGAUUACUUUGCGGAGAGGCUUGACAAUGUUGAUAUGCCUGUCGCAUGGUUGUCUUUCACAUCCACCAAACAAAGGGGUCACCUCCUGGACCACCCCCACAUGUUUAACCCGGACACCCUGGUGUCCUACUUCCGUGCCAUCAACUUCUCAAGAAUGAGUCACGUCUACGAGGAAGCGGCCUCGCUGCAAAAUCGACUGGACCGUCUCUUUGAGCAGGCAACGUUGAUUGUGAACCGGCACCACAAGACCGUGCUGCAAGAUCUUCUGCGCACGGCAAGGUCGAGAUACCUGAUCCUGGAUAUUGGCCGAAAAACAGUACUGCGAGAUGCCUUUGACCAGCUCUGGCGCCGCGAGGAGAGAGAGCUACUCAGGCCACUGAAAGUACAUCUGGGUGAGGACACGGGGGAGGAAGGUUUCGACUCUGGUGGAGUCCAGCAAGAAUUCUUCCGCCUUGCUAUAGCCGAGGCUCUGAACCCUGACUACGGCGCGUUCACUAUUGAUGAACGGAACAGGAUGGCAUGGUUUCAGCCCGGGUCGACAGAGCCUGAUUGGAAGUUUGAACUAGUGGGCGUCCUUGUAGGUCUUGCCGUGUACAAUGGCCUAACCUUGCCCGUCAGCUUCCCAAAGGCCCUUUACCGCAAGCUCCUCGGCGAGCCUGUCACAGAUAUCCAUCACAUCAACGAUGGAUGGCCACAGAUAGCGAGCAGUCUGACCGAGCUUCUGGAAUGGGAUGAGUCAAACGGCACCGUUGAGGACAUCUUCGCCGUCACCUAUGAGUUCUCCGUCAACAUGCUCAACGAGCAUGUCUCGAGGGAGAUGCACUCCAUUUCCCCUGGAUCACAACCCCCUCCCGACCACGAAUGGCCUCAAUUUCCUCCCUCAAGCAGCACUGGAAACCAGCAGCCACACUGGACAUUAUCUUGCGAGAACCCCGAGGAUGCUCCGUUGGUCACUGAUGCCAACCGCAACGCGUAUGUUUCCGAUUAUAUCCGCUACAUGACGGACGUCUCGGUCCGACCGCAAUACGAGGCGUUCGCCAAGGGCUUUCGCUCCGUCCUCCACCCAAAGUCGCUCACCCUCCUCAGCCCAGAGCUCCUGCAGAACCUCGUCGAGGGUCAGCAAGAAAUCGAGGUCAGCGAGCUGCGCCGCGCCGCGCGGUACGUUGGCUACUCCUCCUCCUCGAGAACGAUCAAAGACUUCUGGAAGAUCGUCAGGGAAUAUGACGACCAGAUGAAGCGCAAGCUGCUGGAGUUCGUCACUGCGAGCGACAGAGUUCCGGUCGGAGGGAUAAAGAACAUCCAAUUUGUGGUGCAGAAGAACGGCGAGGAGGAUGGGCACGACGGGCACCUACCCACGGCGUACACGUGCUACGGCACCCUCCUGCUGCCCGAGUAUCGGGACAGGGAGGUUCUGAAGGAAAGGCUGAGCAUGGCAUUGGAGAACGCCCAAGGUUUCGGGUUUGCUUGA